AUGUACAAAAUAUUCCUAUCGAUUACCUUAACAGUGUUCUGCAAGUACACUGAGUCAAAAAUCAUCCCCGAUGUACAGGGAGUGCGUCCCUGUCCCGAAUAUAAACACGAUUUCGAUUUCUCCAACCUGGAUUACGAUUACGAUGACGAUGGCUACCUCACGGUGAACGGAAACUUCACCUUCCUGCGGGACAUUGCCUCGCCCUAUCCGGCGUACUUCCACUCGGAGCAAAUGGAACGGGGCGAGUGGAGGCGGGCGUUGAUCGAGCGCAGCGUGCCCGAUUUCUGCGCAGUGCUACAAAGCCCCACGGAAAUUUGGUACCCGAUCACCCGGUAUUUGAAUAAGAAGGCCUGCCCGUACAAGGCGGGGUUUGUAGGCACGAUCGAUCAUGUCCGUUACAAAUUCCCGUUCACAAUUUCGCCCCAAUUUCUGGGCGAAUGGAGGCUAUUCAUGGAGCAGCGCGAUAGCAGGAAAGAUCCAAAGCCUUUUGCCUGUUUGAUUUUGUAUUUUAGUGUCAUUGAAAUAUAA